AUGUCUAAUCAUUCUAUUUGGCUACGUAUAGUACCUUUUAUUGGAUCAAUGAUAAUUUCAGCUUAUUAUUUAACAUAUAUGCGUUAUUGUAUUCAUGAAAAAAAGCGAUUAACAACACAAUUACCUAAUUUAAAUGAAGAUUAUAUUCUUGAAUUUCAUAAAGAAAUGACUGAAUCUUUUAAAAAAACUAAAUGGGAGAAUAAAAGAGUCAAUAGACCAUGGGAAGAAUAAUUUAAAUGAGACAAUAAUUAGAAUGUAUAAAAUAAAUAAAUAAAUAGAUAACUAAUUUUCUCUCUUCUGGAGGUACCUGAAAAGGAAUUUGGAUUAAAGGUGGUCUUAGUGACCUGAGAGC